GUUGCUAUGGCAACAGCGUGGGGUUGCGGCCUGGUCGGUAACGGGACCCGGAGCCGGAGCGACCAGGCCCGGCCCUACCCUGCUUAAGCAGGCAGCCGGCGGGAGACCCUGGUCGGGGGAAACCCUCCCGCCGCCCUCGGGGCUGGGGAAGCCGGUUUCGAGUGAAAAACACCCGGAAAGUUUUUUUGAAGACUGUUUGAAAGCCAUUUAUGGCAAAAAGGCACUUGAAGCAAGGCAGUGGGGGCUGAGGAGUGCGGUGGCUGAGAGGAGGAGGUGGUAGGAAUACUGUGCAGAGUAAACAAUGGAGUCAGACAUAAAAGUGAGUGAAGAUUUUAAGAGCCAGUUUAAGGCUUACCAAGAGCAACAGCAAAGGCGGCUGCAAAGUUUAAUGGAGAGGAAGAAGGAAAAGCAGAACAGUCAGAAGGGUGAUAACAGCAACGCAAAGGAGACUUUCAGAAUCCCAAAUGAUCUAAACCUGUUUGAAAGAGAACAGCCUGUAAAUGAAGAUGACAGCAAAAGGUUGCUUGAGAUUGAGAACGAGCAGCUCCAGGAUCAGCUUCGAGAGGUCCGAGAUGAGAACUGCAGACUCUACAAACUGGUGACGGAGAAAGAUUUUGAAAUAAAGCAACUCCAGAAAAAAAUACAGGAAGACAGAUUGGCUGUAUCAGGGGCGUCUGGUUUAGCUGGAGAUGUUGCAGCUACUAAAAUAGUUGAAUUGGCCAAAAAGAAUCGUGAAAUAACUGCCGAGACUGAGAGUGAAAAAGCCAAAGUGAAGCAACUGAAUAACAGAGUCAAAGAGCUGGAGAAAGAACUACAGGCAGCUGUGGAAAAAAUCCAUUCUCUUGGUGGUGGUGAUGCAGGAAUCAAGCAAUCAGCUCUGAAGAUGAUCGAAGGAAACUUGGCUGAAAGUCCAGAGGUGAAAGCAUUGCAAGAAAAAUUAACCGCAGCCAACUUUAAAGUGAUGGAGUAUCGUAACCAACUCCAGUCUGCAAAGCAGGAGCUGAAGAUGACCCAAAAGCUUUUAGCAAAUGAAGUUGGUGAAGAUGUAAAUAUUCAAAGUCUCUUGACCAAUUCUGGCAGCUGGCGUGGACGAGCCCAGCAAAUUCUUGUUCUCCAGAGCAAGGUUCGAGAGCUGGAGAAUCAGUUGGUUCAAAAGAAGGCCAGAACAUCACUGAGUGAGAUCGAUGAGGAAUUGCUUGCACUUACUGAUCCAAGGAAGUUGUCAGCCCAAGAGAAGAACUUGCUGAAGGUUCGCAGCCUGGAGAAAGAAAAGAAAGACACCUUGGAGAAACUCGCUGGGGAACACGACGCUCUCCAAAAAAGUCAUGAGGAACUGAAAAAAAAACUCGACGCGUCAAAAGCCAGGAACAAAGUCCUGUGUGGUGAAGUGAAAACCCUGAAGGGACAGAUCAUCACCUUGCUGGAGAAAGGAAAACAUGAUGAUGAGCUCAUAGAUGCCUUACUGAGCCAACAGAAGCAAAUGCAGGAGAUCUUGAAGCACCUGAGCCAGCAGGACGAGAAGAAUAAGGAGACCCAGCAGCUACUGGGGCAGCAUUUGAACAGUGAGGCUCAGAAACAAAACUGCCUUAUAGAGCAGCUCAGGCAGAUGGUGGCUGAACGAGAGGCGAAGGUUAAAGAGCUGGAAGAGGAGAUCGGGCAACUCUCAUUUCAGAAGAAAUCUGCCCAUCAAGGGGACGGUUCGGGAGCUGCUGAAACAUCACCUUCUGAGCACUCAGAAGAUCUGAGUUUUACUCUGCUUAAACCUCUGGCAUCAGGCAGCAAUCAGGUUGGAAGGAUUGGAUCUGCUCGCACAGUGUCCAAGAUGGGCCAUACCCUGGUAGAGUCAGCAGCUACUAAGCCUUCCCUUCUCAGUAAUAACAUCCCUCCUGGAAGGCUCGCUGGCACCGACAGCCCGGAUUUGAAAGCGCUGCAGACACAGAUCACAGAGCACAGGGCUCUCUGCCAGGCUGCUGAAGUGGAAAGAGACAGGCUCCUGGAACUGGUCACUGUGCUGCAGAAAAGGGUGGAGGAAAGCAGCGAUAAAGUCUUGGAAGUUGAGAAGAGGCUUCAGGAAGAGCGGCGGCGAUGUGUCAUUUUGGAACAGCAGCUGGAAAAGCUCCAAAUGGAUCCAGGGAGGAACACAAGCUCAAUGGAACCUCCCCCGAGGAGCAAAACAGGGCAGCCUGUGGGUCACUCAAGAUCCACCUUGAAUGUGAGUGGCAGGAGGCUCUCUGCAGCCCAGCUUUCCAGGUUGCCUCUGGAAUCGCAGAUAGAGGAGCUGAGCACAAGGCUCAUGAUCCAGCUGGAUGAGAACGAAGCUCUGAAGGCCUCUUUGGAGACGACUGUGAGAAAGAAAGAGGAAGACUUUAAACUGUAUCAAGACACAAUGGAGCAAGUGAAGGAUAUCUUUUUACAGGCCGUUCGGCAGCAGAAACAAGAGAAGAGUUAAGAAAGAUAUUGAGAGUCCUUUGGACAGCAAAAGCAGGGAGAGAGAGAGCCCCGGGCAUCGUGCCCGUGAAUUGAAAUGUGGUUUUGCAGCCUGGGAUCAUGUCGUUUCUUUAGCCUUUGCAGAGAAGCAGAUGAGAAAUGGAGAUGAAAUACAAAAAGAGUGAAGGUUUUGCGCAUCAGCAAAUCCUGUCUGUAAGAGUCAGCCAGCAGCUGGCUCUCAGGCUGCACGUGCCAUAAGUUGGUGCAGUUGAGAAAGCUGCAAUGCUGCAGUGUUGAUUUUGGGCAAAACCUCCCUAGUUGCAGCAGAAUUUUCCUGGCGAGGGCUCGAUAUUCAAUAUGCUGCUGCCUUUAUCAGCUCCUGAAAGAAUUUGCUAAACCAAAGUUAUGCCAGGCCCCUUCCAAAGUCAUGCCAGGAGUGAACAGAGUUCUGUUUUUAUCAGCACACUGAUACCUCUCUGUCUCAGGCUCUCUGUAGUAUGAAGUGCUGGGGGAGAGGAUUAGCCUGUGAAUAUCUGCAAAAUGAACUUUUGGGGGUGCUCCACUCACCAUUCCAACCUGUUUCUUUGCUUGAACAUACUGGGGGCAGAGUUUUCCGAAGCUCAGUGGAGUUGCCAUCGAAAAGGGUGGGCUGUGCAGACCCCACAAUCAGCCAGACCUGCCUUAAAUUCAGCUCAUUCCACAGGAAACUUGCCAUCCAGGUUGUGAAAUUCCCUCUUUCUGGGUCUCUGUGUUCAUCCAUCGGGCAGGGCUUGUUAGAUGCUGGUAAAACACAGGCAGGGCUUCUCUGCGGUGGCGGUGGGACUUUUGGAGAUGCUGAAAACCCUUCCCAUCUCUGUCCAUUUCUCCUGCAGCAUGGUGAGAACGCCAAGAGCAAGCUAAUAAGGCAUUAAGAUGCAGGCUGGCAGCAGCGAGCUGGCCUCGGGGAUUACAAGCAAAUGGAGAGCUCCUUGUUUUUGUAUAGAGCUGCUUUGUUUCUCGGUUGAAAGUCUUGAAAGCUCUGCUUUCUCUGCUUUGCUUUGUCAGCCUCUUUUUGUGAGCGGGGAGUUUGUCAGGCUCUAUCCCCAGCCACCACCAGCUCAAAAUGGGUUUGUGGACGGGCAAAUCACUGCUCCCCCAGCACAGGGAUCGGGUCCCAGCUCUGCUUGUGUGGAGUGAAAAAGCCACCAGAGCAGGGAGGUGGUGAAGGUGGUGUCAUCCCUGUCUUUUUUCCUGGUGAUGUUGGGAGAUUAUCUCUCUCCAGACAGUUCAUGGAGCUCCUGAUGGAGGAGAUGGGAGCUGAGGAUAAACUCAGCACCUCCCUCCUCUGUUCCCCUGGCUUGUAGCUCAACAAAACUGUUGGGUGUCACAAAAAGCAGGACCAAAAUGGUCCAUUGCUAUAUUCCAUCCUCAAGAUGCCAGUAGCAUCAGAGGAAAAAGCAUCUUGCAACCCACAAUCCUCUCCUCCCUGCAGCUCCUAAACCCUGGAUGGAGACAUGGACACAGUCUCAUCCCGGUGAGCUGCAGUUUGUUUCUCUUCAACUCCAUCCUGAUGAUUUUGUAGCACGGGGUAGAGUGAGGAGACCGAAGAGAGGCCCCAUUCCAGCUGAAAAGAGAAGAAAUCAGCCAACUCUAAGGACCUGUGGUGGUGAGCA